AUGGAUGCCCAGACGGCUGCAGCGAUUCUACAAUCGCUCACCGAACAGAGCAAAGCUCUAACAAAUGCUGUGGCAAGAUUAGCCGAAUCUUCCGUUACCACCAGCGAUGUUUUGAACACCACUACGUCAGGUGGCAGCAAUUCUUCAGCUCCGAUCGUCCGACUAGACAAGUAUGAUGAACAAAACGAAAGCUUCGAGAAUUUUGUCUCUAGACUAGAAGUGUAUUUCAACGCUUAUCAUACGGCAACUGACAAGAAAGCUUCAACCUUGUUGAACUCACUGUCACCGAAGAUGUUCGCUUUGGUAAAAAAUCUAGUCUAUCCAGAGGACAUUAAAACGGCAUCAUACGCUACCUUGAAAAAACUCAUCGAAGAUAAGGUCUGCCCUAAACGACUUAAAAUUCCAGCUCGACACGCGUUCUUAAACCGCAAGCAACGUGAAGGUGAAUCUGUAUCCGACUACAUCACCGAGCUGAGAAAAUUAGCUGUUGACUGUAAGUACGCCAACGAAUUUUUAAACGAAAUGCUACGCGAUGUAUUCGUCAGUGGACUACGUUCAAAACCUAUCCUUGAUCGUCUUUUCGAAGAAGAUGAUAUUCCGCUUGACAAAACCUUGAGUAUCGCUCAAGCGAUUGAACGUGCGUUAGCUAGUACCAACGAAAUUCUCUCACCGGCAGUAUCCGAUGCUCCAGUUCAUAAGUUACAAAAUCAAAACCAGAACCGCAGUCGUUUCAAGAAGAAAACGUAUUCGUCUGACAACGGUGGUCAAUUUCAAAGUGCGACAACUACUCAGUGUAUUCGUUGUGGUUUGAAUAAUCAUACUGCGGCUAAUUGUAUGAAGAAGAAUUUACGUUGUAAUUUCUGCAAAGCUCAAGGUCAUGUCGCCGAAGUUUGUUUUAAAAAGAAACGCGCCGCUGAAACGAAACCAGCCGAUGAGUCUACGUCUACGAAAACAAACUCCAACGCCAAACCGAAAGGUGUGAAAUUUGUUUCGAAGUACAACGACGUUAGCGACGAUGACGAUUACAACGUUUUGACCUUACCUGUUCGAACUGUUCAUUCGUGCUCCGUGCAAGAUGACGAGUCUCCAGUUAUGAUCAACGUUAAAAUCAACGAUAAUCCGACCGAAAUGGAAGUAGAUUGCGGUAGUCUUCGUUCGAUUAUGAGUAAAUCGAUUUUCUGCAGUCUUGGUGGCAAUUUAUCUACGUUACAGCCGACCAACGACGUUUUCAAAGACUAUACCGGUCACGUCUUUCAUCCAAUCGGUGUCGCUCGUGUUCCAGUUAAAUACAACGACAAAUCUACGAAGCUGACUCUCCACGUUAUCAACGAAAACUUACCUGCUCUUCUUGGUCGAGACGGUAUGCGAGAGUUGGAAAUUUAUCUCAGCAAUAUUCAUUCCGUUCAGCGCUCCGAUCUACCUACACCAGUGGCCCAACGAUUAGAAGCCCUGUUAGAAAAGUAUUCGUGCGUUUUUGAGCCUACCAUCGGUGAAAUUAAAGACCACGUCGAAUCGUUACACUUCAAACCAGACGCUGAACCAAAAUUCCUGAAAGCUCGACCCGUACCGAUCGCUCUACGGUCCAAAAUUGAGGACGAGUUAGAUCGUUUAGUCGCCAACGGAGUUCUCGAAAAAGUUGAAACCAGUGAAUGGGCCUCGCCGAUCGUACCAGUCGUUAAAAAGAACGCUGUUCGCAUUACAGGUGAUUAUAGUGGAACCGUUAAUCCACAAAUAUUCAUCGACCAAUACCCGUUUCCUGGCUACGACGAAAUUACAACGCAAAUGUCCAACGAAGAAGGCUCCGAAGUCCACUCGUCAGUACUCGAUGUUUAUUCGGCAUUUCUGCACAUGCCAACUGACGAAAAGACAAGCAACGCUCUCGUUAUCAACACGCACCACGGACUGUAUCGCCCGAAACGCAUUUUCUUCGGCGUGGGCUCAGCUCCGGCAAAGUUCCAAAAAUGGAUGGAUGGAAAAUUCCGCCGUAAAGGUCGCGUAGUUGUGCACGACGAUAUUCAUCUCUCAGCAGCCAGCAUCAAAGAACAUUUUCGUCUGUUGGAAGACACUCUUCGAAUCUGCAAAGAAGCUAAUUUACGCUUGAACCGUUCGAAAUGCCGUUUCUUUGAACGCAAAGUAAAGUUUGUUGGAUACACGAUCGACGCGAAUGGAGUUCACGAGACCGACGAUAAAGUUUUAGCAGUUCUCAACGUUCCUGCACCCACCAACCCAACGGAGGUGAAAUCGUUUCUUGGUCUCGUCGGUUUUUACUCGAAGUUUGUCCCUCAUCUGGCGACAAUAGCAGCUCCGUUACAUCGUUUAACCCGUCAAAGCGAAGAUUUCAUCUGGACAGACGAAUGCGAACAAAGUUUCCAGCACGUUAAACAAGAAAUCGCGUCAGAACGUGUACUCACUCGCUACGAUCUGAAAAAACCAAUCGUUUUGUCCGUCGACGCCAGUCCAGUUGGACUUGGUGCAGUAAUCGCUCAUUCUAUCAACGGCGAAGAACGUCCCAUCGAAUUCGCUUCACGUACGCUUACUGAUACCGAGCGAAAGUAUACCCAACUCGACAAAGAGGCACUUGCGAUUAAAUGGGCCGUCACCAAGUUUUUCAACUAUCUGUACGGACAACGGUUCGUUUUAUACACCGAUUCAGAGCCCUUGACUCAUAUUUUUGGGCCUCACCGAAAGAAGUUGCCAGCGCUUAGCGCUACUCGUAUGAUGCAUUACGCAUUAUACCUUCAACAGUUCGUUUUCGAUAUCAAGUACAGACGCUCAGAGAAGAAUGGUAACGCUGAUGCCCUCUCCAGAUUACCUCUUCCUGCUUCAUCCGAUGAUCUGUUCGCGAGCAAAGACGACAUCGCAGUUUUCCAUGUUUCACAGAUGGACAAAUUACCUGUUACGAAACGCGAACUCGCGAAAGCUACGGUUAAAGAUCCGGAAACACGUUCCAUUCUCGAUGGUCUACGCGCAGGAAAAAUCUACAACUCGCCUUACACCUGUGAAGGUGACGUUUUAUUCAUGGGUAUGCGCGUCUACGUUCCGUCUGCUCUGCGCUCAUCGGUUCUUCAAGAACUUCAUAAAGGCCACAUCGGCGCAUCGAAAAUGAAAUCGCUCGCUCGAUCUCACGUAUAUUGGCCUAAAAUCGACAAAGACAUCGAAAACAUCACGAAGAAAUGCCAAUCUUGCGUCGAAAAUGCAAGUGACCCGAAGAAGACUUCUCAUUAUUCGUGGGAACCAGCGUCUGCGCCUAUGGAGCGCGUUCAUAUUGAUUUUGCGACCAUCAACGGUAAAAUUCUAUUUUUGAUCGUUGAUGCAUUCUCGAAGUGGGUCGAAGUUGAUAUCGUCCCCUCUACGUCAUCGAAGUCUGCGAUAUCAAGCUUGGAAUCGUUUUUCACCACGUUUGGUAUUGCUCAAACAGUAGUCUCCGAUAACGGAACGGCGUUUACAAGUUCCGAGUUCAAGGAAUUCGCAGAGAAUGUCGGUUUCUGCCAUAAAACGAGUGCUCCGUUUCACCCAGCAACCAAUGGCCAAGUCGAACGUUUUGUGGCCACUGUAAAAAAUUCGUUGAAAAGGUUGCCUGGCACCGAUUUGCAGCAGAAGCUGAAUGAAGCGUUAUUUGCGAUCCGCCGAGCUCCGCAUACAACAACGGGAAUUUCUCCAGCCAAACGCUUCUUGGGCCGUGAGCUAAAUUCUCCGUUAAAUUUAUCCGCCGUUGCCAAGGCAAAGUCGAAGCCAACGCCGAUCUCUCGACCUCCAGUCUCGUUUUCCGAGGGGGAAAGAGUAGCGGCUCGUAAUUAUUCUCGUCACCAAGGGAAAAAGUGGCUGAUUGGAAAAAUCGUCAGUAAAGACGGCGAAGUUAAUUACACGGUAUCAGUUAACGAUUCGCUUCAUCGAUUUCAUGUCGACCAACUGAGAAAGAUCGAUCAAAACAUAUCGCCGACAGGAAUCGUUCCUAAAUUUUUCCCAGCCGAACGAAGCGAGUCGCCGGAACCUCCACAAGAUCCAGGAGAAUCGCCGGUACCUCAGCGAGAACCUAGAGAACCGCCGAAAUCGCCACCGCCUGUCGUCAGAAGAUCAAAGCCGCCUGUCGUCAGAAAAUCGAAGCCGUCUGUCAUCAGGAAAUCAUCGCGAUCUCGACGCCAGCCUAAUCGAUUAAACCUCUAG